UCCUCAGUCACCCACAGGCAGAAGGGAUGGUUCACAAAUCUACCCUGUGGGCCAAUCUGACGGCUCGCAUGCAUGAUAGAAAGCAUUUGUCUUUAUUAACAAGGGAGACAUAGGAGACAAACGGCGCUACCUCUGUGCGCGUGCAAAGCGCAUUCCGCCUCAUUCCUUCUGGGGUUAAGAAGGCAGGACUUCUGCGCCUCAGGGACCUGUUUUGCUUUUCUGAAGGGAAAAAAAACAGCGGCUCGGCCGGAGAGUUUUGAGCCCCCCUCUAGCGGCUGCUUGGGAUACGGCUCCUGCGAAAGAGGUCGUCUCCUUGCAACGGGCCGGCGGUGAGGGGGCGGCGGCGGCCGGGGAACUUGGCUGCGGUGGCGACGCCGCUUCUCGGACCGCUCCGGGCGCAGAUUUCAAGCUCAAGUACCACAGUGCAUCCAAAAUUAUCCCAUGAAGUACAUCCUGGUAACUGGUGGUGUCAUCUCAGGCAUUGGUAAAGGAAUUAUUGCAAGCAGCAUAGGCACCAUCUUGAAAUCAUGUGGUCUACGAGUUACUGCAAUCAAAAUAGAUCCUUACAUUAACAUAGAUGCUGGAACCUUCUCGCCGUAUGAACAUGGUGAAGUUUUUGUGCUAAACGAUGGUGGAGAAGUUGACCUCGACUUGGGAAACUAUGAACGAUUCUUGGAUAUUAACCUUUACAAGGAUAACAACAUCACCACUGGAAAGAUUUAUCAGCAUGUCAUCAAUAAAGAAAGGCAUGGAGAUUACAUGGGAAAAACAGUUCAAGUUGUCCCACAUAUUACAGAUGCUGUUCAAGAAUGGGUAAUGAAUCAGGCAAAGGUUCCUGUGGAUGCUGAUAAGAAAGAACCACAGAUAUGUGUAAUUGAGCUGGGUGGAACUAUUGGAGAUAUUGAAGGAAUGCCUUUUGUAGAAGCUUUCCGACAAUUUCAAUUUAAGGCCAAAAGAGAGAACUUCUGCAAUAUCCAUGUCAGCCUUGUACCACAACCUAAUGCUACCGGAGAGCAGAAAACAAAGCCUACUCAGAAUAGUGUUCGGGCUUUAAGAGGGCUUGGCCUUUCUCCUGACUUGAUAGUCUGCAGAAGUACUAAACCUAUAGAAAUGGCUGUGAAAGAAAAGAUUUCCAUGUUUUGCCAUGUGGAACCUGAACAGGUAAUAUUCAUCCAUGAUGUUUCUUCCACUUACCGAGUGCCUCUUCUGCUGGAAGAGCAAGGGAUAAUUAAAUAUUUUAAAGAGAGGCUGAAUUUACCAAUAGAUGACCAGCCAAGUGAUCUUCUUUUCAAAUGGAAGAAAAUGGCAGAUAGGUAUGAAAGGAUGUUGAAGACAUGUUCUGUAGCUCUGGUUGGCAAGUAUACAAAGCUGAGUGAUUGCUAUACCUCUGUUUUCAAGGCCCUAGAACAUUCAGCCCUAGCAAUUAACCACAGACUCAAUUUAAUGUAUAUAGAUUCAACAGACCUUGAAAAUAAUACAGAGGUUGAGAAUCCAGUGAAAUUCCACCAAGCCUGGCAAAAACUAUGCAAAGCAGAUUGUAUAUUAGUUCCUGGAGGUUUUGGACAUAGGGGAACAGAGGGAAAACUUCAAGCCAUUUCAUGGGCAAGAAAAAAGAAAAAACCUUUUCUUGGAGUUUGCUUGGGGAUGCAGCUGGCAGUAGUGGAGUUUGCAAGAAACUGUCUAAACUGGCAAGAUGCAAAUUCUACAGAAUUUAACCCAAACACAAAGAAUCCUGUUGUCAUUGACAUGCCUGAACAUAAUCCUGGAGACAUGGGAGGAACAAUGAGACUAGGGGAAAGGAAAACUAUCUUUAAUACAAAGGACUCUAUCUUAAGGAAACUUUAUGGUGAUGAAGUUUUUGUGGAAGAACGACACAGGCAUCGCUAUGAGGUGAACCCUGAGUUGACUCACUUCUUUGAAGAUAAAGGUUUGAGAUUUGUUGGCCAUGAUACUGAAGGGAAAAGGAUGGAGGUCAUUGAGCUGAAUGAUCACCCAUAUUUCAUUGGUGUCCAGUUCCAUCCAGAGUUUUCCUCGAGGCCUAUGAAGCCAUCACCUGCCUACCUUGGCCUUUUGCUUGCUGCAACAGGGUCUCUCAGUGCUUACUUGCAACGUGGAUGUAAAUUGUCUCCUAGUGACAGCUAUGGCGACUUUAGUGAUGACAGUUUUACAGAAAAAGAAUAUCCCGAAUCAGAAAGAGGCUGAACAUUAUUACGAAGAGGAAGAGCAUGGAAGAAACAGUGGAAGAAAAGGCAUAAUUGAAAAGGUCAUUCCAAGCAGGGGGAAACCUUAUUACAUUUUAAAACCACCAGAGAAGACUAACAUCACACAGCUGCUUUCCAUAGAUCUUGUGAAGAUCUCCCUGCGUUCCAAACAAUGCUUCUGCUGACCCAGAGGAAAAAAAUCAAUUCCAUUUAAGCAUUAUAGCUCUUUUAAAAUUGCAUAAAGGACUGUCUCAUCCUGUCUCAUGUUUUCAGGUGACUGUUGGCUUUGUGCUAAUUUUUGAUGACUGGAAGGUAUGGGAAUAUUUUGAAUACAUUUAUAAAUCAUUUGAAAUUUCAGAAUCCCUUAAGAGCGUUGCUUAUCAAAUUAAAAAAUGAAACUGUCCAAUAUACUUAAAUAUUAUCAGUACAGAUUUGUUUUAGGUCUGUUUCCUUCAUAUUGUUAUUUGAUUGACAGACGCCUCUGAUGCAUUAUAACCCUGUCUAAUACCUUAAGUGAUGUUGAUUUAUUUCUGUAUAAAAAUAAAAUCUUGGUCUCCACCAUUGUACACGAUGAUUGUCCUUGGACAGAAGUAAUGUAGAAAGUAUUGCUGCACAGUACCAAUCUAAUAAAUAAUAGAGCAGAAGCUUGUGAUGCUAUAGAUACAUAAAAUCUGACUACAUUAAUGAAAAAUAAUUGGGUUCAUCAUAUAUUUAACAUAACAGAGUAGGGAGUAAUAGUUAGACACAAGCCCAUAUCUUAGUUUCUAUAUCUGUGGCAUAAGCUUGUUAGGGAGUUGGUUGUGAACAUGGAUUAAAUCCUAAUUCCUUCUUUUGGUCUCCCAGCAGAAACUAGUUUGUGCCAUGUGAUCUCAUCUGUUUGGGGAUGCUCUAAUUCAUGGAAAAUUCAAACAGCUACUAGGGACAUAGGGACAGAGAUGUGUUUCUCUUUGGGCCCCAGAGAGGUUUGGAGACUCUGGUAACUUCCAGAUACAGUACCUUUAUUUUAGGUAGAACCUUUUUCAGCAUGUCUGCUGCAAUAGAGUAGCUGUGUCACUAUUGCAGCAGCAAAGGAUUGCUUUUUGCACUGUUUGUUUUGAGAGCCCUUUUGAGGUGAGUGGAGAUAUGUCCAGACACCAGCUAACUUGAUGGUAUGCCUAUUAUUAUUAUUCUUAGAGGAAGAAAGGGAAUAAGAAGCUGUGUGUUUUAAUAUCCUAUGUAAUUACGGGACAGUGCCCUGUUAUUCAAGUGCUGUAUGUUUUUAAAGCGAUUUCCCCUCCAAAUAAAAUUCUAUACUUAUGAUGAUAUUUUACCAACUGCAUUAGAAAACUGUUAGUUUCCUAAUGUUCAGGCCAGUGUAACAUGUGAAGAGAAAACUGGGGAAAGUAACUUUGUUCCUGUAUUUUUUUAAUGCAUAUAUAAAUGCUUUGGAAAAUUUUACGAGAGUUGAUGCUGCUAAAUGACUGAGUCUCAGUUAUCAUACAUUGAUCGUUGCCAUCUAAAGCAUGCUAGAUUUUCUUAAAGAUUUUCUGUAAGUUUAAAUUGAAUUUUGAAAUGUAUUAAAAUGUUAAAUGAAGAUAUGUGUGUUAUUUUAUAUUGCAUUCAGUCAAUAGAGCAUGGAACUCUUAAUCUCAGGGUUGUGGGUUCGAGCCCCAGUCCUUCUUGGCAGGGCUUGGGCUAGUUUACCCUCACUGUCCCUUCCAACUCUACAAUUCUGUUAUUCUGUUGGCCUAGGAAAUUUGAUUGGAUUUUAAAAAGAAAGUAAAACUCACAUUUUUGCUCAUGUCCUCUUUCCUUCUGCUGGCUAGAUUAUGGCAAAUAGCAUUUUCUGACGAUUCAAAAUUCAUUUUCUGCUACAAAAUAAGCAGCGUUAGGGUGCACACUCUUGUUAUGUUUUUAUAAUUCACACUUCAUACAUGAGGAGUAAAAACUGACAAAAUGUAGGGGCCUAAGCAUACAGAUGGCAUCCAGGUUUAUUUUUUGUUUUCAUCUAACCCAGAUGAGGCAGUGGGCAUUCUAAACCAGUGCUUGGGUUUGCUAAGGAGAUUAUUGAAGCGAUUAAACAGACCCAUUCCAGGCAAAACAAAGUUGGUGUCGUUGGAUGGUGCUUCUGUCCACUUGGGGUUUUGUUUAGUCUGCAUUGGAUAGAGUUGUACUCCCCCUAAAGGGAAGGCUUGUUAUUUGCAGGUACUGUACUUUUAGACCCAGCACUGUCACUUGAGGCUCAGGUAGUGGCAGUAGCAAGGAGUGCCUUUUAUCAGCUUCACCUGUUCUAUCAACCAUGACCCUACCUGGACAGAUAGUCUCGUGGCAGUUACCUGUACUCUGUUAAUCUCCCAGUUGGAUUACUACAAUGUUUUAGAUGUAGGCCUGCCUUGAAAACAGUUGAUCCCAAACAGGGUGAAGACGGGUAAAUAACCAUCACAUUACAACAGCGGCUCAUAAUCUGCAUUAGUUUCCUGUCCAUUUCUGGGCCCAGUUCAAUAUGUUGGUUUUGACCUUUUGAAGACCUAAACAGCAUGGGGCCAGGUUACCUGAAGGAUUGCUUUUCUCAUAUAUAAUGACCCAAACCCUGAGAUCUUCCUUGGAGGCUCUUCUUCAGGUCUCCACCACCACCACCUAAUGAAGUAUGGUGGGUGGCUACUAAGGAGACGACCUUUUCGGUGGUGGCACCUCUGUUCCCAGAAACUCACCUGUUUUAGGUGGGAUGCUUUAUGCCAAUUUUAAUUGGGUUUUUGCAUCACCAUCAUCAUUAUUAGGGUUUUUAAUUGUAAGUUGUAUUUUUCUUUUAAUGUCUACUAUGUAAAGUACCCAAAGAAUUUGCUUGGAUGUACAAAAACAUAAUAAAUACAUUAAAUAAAAAUAAAUAUUUUUGGACCUACCAUAACCAGUCUCCAAGGACAGGUACGAUCAUGUUCAUGCUGAUAUUUACUUCACUUCUGUACUAAUGAGAAUAUGUACAAUGAAGCAUAUAGAUUUUGAAUAGGACUAGGAGUUUUUCGAAAUGGGGGCAGCUAAUUAAGAUCACAUAAUUUGAAUAAACCAGAUAUUAACUUUUUUAUCUGUACUUGUAAAAAUAAUGUAUUAUGAGAAAAAUGUGCUGCAAAAAAGUGUUGAUAAGGUCUUCUAAGUUAGUCAUGCUCACUACAUGACCCAGAAAAGGUGUCUACAGACAAACGCCGGCUCCCUCAGCCUGAAAGCAGAGAUGAGCUCUGCACCCCCUAGUUAAAUUCGACUGAACCUAACCACCCAGGGGUCCUUUACCUUUACCUUUACCUUUCACCUAGGUUAAAAAGUAAUAAAGACAAAUGCAAAACCAUUAUUUAGUAAACUAUUGAUGAGGCCUUAGAUGUUGGAUCUAAUGAGUUUCUAAGAAGAUCAGUGGGCGGUGACAAAAAUAUUUGGCCAAUUUGUAUCAGCUCUAUGGAUGACAGCAGCUGAACUUCUUGCCUGAUUUCAGCAGAGACUUCGGUUUAGUUCACACAACCAUUGUGGUACAUUACAAAUGUCAGUUAUUGUGGUUGUUCAAGGUUGCUCAGGGUAUAAUCCUCAGUUCCUUGGUAUGUCACCAAUUUUAGGAGCAUUUUGGGCACCAAUUUUAGGAAACUGCCUUAUACUGAGUCAGGCCGUUGGUCUAUUUAGCUCAGUAUGCGCUGACUGGCAGUGGCUGCCCAGGGUUUCAGAGGGACAGUGACAGAAUGAGUCUUGCUGCCAUUAAAGCACAGUGGAGCAAUAGAGAAGCUGCCCUGAUUGUGCGGCUUACUAUUCUGUUGUGGCCAGAAGGAGUGCAGCUAAAUAAACUAAUAAAUCUUGUGGAAGUUGUUGAGGAUUUUGGCUAAUCUUUCCAUGCAGUAAAUAUUUGACUCCUAAACACUGGCUAUAGAAAGCAGGCAAACGGGUUUUCUAGUUGCACCUACAGGUUUUUUUCAGAUGCCUCUGAGCGCUGUCCUUAACUUUCCACGAAAUAAAUGACAAAAAUCUCAACAGCUCUUUUAUAUUCAUCCCUUGGGAUUGUUUCCUUUUAGAAAUUGUUGUUGAUCUCUCAGGGCGGUAUUUAAAUAAGUUUUGCUUGGGGUAUAUUUUUACGAUCCAGCUUAUUUCCUUACCGUGAUGGUAAGUAGCUGUAAACUGUUCUUAAUAUUGUGUUUUAAUUGUUGGUAACCUGCCCUGGGACUUUAGCAUGAAGGGCUGGUAAUAAAUUACGAUAAUAAUAAACUCUCUGAAAUGAACGUACCUAGCUUCAUCAUAUUCAUUAAUUACAGUGGGUCUAAGACUUGGUUGAAUCAGCUUGAUUCUUGCAUUGCAGGGGGUUGGAGUAGAUGACCCUUGGGGUCCCUUCCAACUCUACCAUUCUGUGAUUCAAUGAAUACUACACAAAGAGUUAAAGCAAGCCGUGCAUUAUUAUGGCGGAAUACUCUGUUCAUAUAAUUUAUAUGGAAGGGCAGUAAAACAGGCCAUCAAAACAUAUCCCAUAAAAUCUGAACUUCAUGAGGGAUACUUUAUUCAUCUGUGUACUUAGUUGUUUCCCACUGUUAUUACAGUGGAGCUGGGACAAAUUUGAUGAUUCCCCAGUGCUCCAGAGAACAUGUGGAGAAGAUGCAACUAUAAAUUAUUAGAUCAAUAAAAAUAUUUGCAGUGGAGGUUUGGAAAGCUUACUCAUAGUUGUAGUUCAGUUACUUGCUUGAAAGCAAAUCCAAAGCAUCAAUUUAUUUUGCAUACGAUGAGCAAGUUGAACAGUUAAGCAGGAAACAAAAGGCGGAUUGACAUUCCUGGGUUGCUUUCCUUUCUGGGAUCUCUUUGCCUUUUUGAAAUGAUCAGUGCAACUGUGGAGCCGUUUUGCACCACCAUUUGCUUAAUUGUUUUAUUAAAAUAUAUACCACCUGUUAUGUGGGUAUCUCAAGACAGUGUACAAUAAUAUCAUAGUAUAAAACGUUUUUUAAAAAUACUAAAAUGAAUAGACAAGACAGUAUAGAAACAUAAUGAGAGCUGGCAUUUGCAGCCAGAAAAAUCCACGAGAAACCAAAACCCACAUACAAAUGCAUUUUAAGCAUGCACUUGAAUUCCAUAGUGUAGAAGUUAUGUCCACGUUGCAUGCAGAAAAUACUGGUUUCAAGGCCCUGUGAAACCAGUAAGGUGAUUUUUGGGAAGAGCCAUAGCGGUGUUUUAUUUUUUAUUUAUCCACGGAGCUGAAGGUGGAUAAAUAACCCCCUUUAACCCCCCACAACAACCCUAUGAGGUAGGUUAGGCUGAGAGGCAGUGACAAGCCCAAGGCCACCCUGUGAUUUUCACGGCCGAGUGGGGAAUCAAACCCUGGUCUCCCAGGUCCUAGUCCAUCACUAACCACUGUGCCACCGCAGGCUCCACGCUGCUUUGCAUAUGAUAGGUUCCAGGGGCAUUCGCUGGCAUCUCCAGGUGAGACUUGGAGAGACCCCUAUCAUUAACCCAAAACGGCUACUGCUGGGCAGUGUGGACAGUACUGAACUAUAGGGACCAAUGGUUUGACUCAGUAUAAUUGCAUCACUGUUACACACAGAGACACGUUUAAGAUAUACACCUGGUGCAUUUUCAACCUAAGAUUAGUUGCUGCGUGAAGCGCGCCCCCCCCAAAAAAACUUUAAUGAAAGUCUUCGCUUUCUGUAAAAGAGGUACUUGUUUAUUCCUGCUUCUUUCCCAAAGAGUGAAAGAACUUCAAAGAUGUUUUCUGGGAGGUACGUGUACCUUAUUAAAUGUAUGAAGUGAAAUAGAUGUCUCCGUUUCAUGUUUCUUUUGAAGCUUAGCCACAUGGUCCUCUUAAGAAGCACUGCCCAAAUGGAAGCCUUUGCGAGAAGAGCCCUGUGCUGCAUAGAGUUUUGUGUUGCUUUUUAACUUUGAAGGGGGGGGGGGGAGUUCCACUCGACCACAUAUAAUAUGGCAAGCGCAAUUACCCCCCCCCAUUAUUAUUUUUACAAAGUUCUGCGCUUCUUUGCAGACCAGUUUGAUUCACUCCCAUCCUCCUUAGAAUUGCUGAAAAAUCUGGUGUUGGCAGAGGGAAUAUUCGCUCAGCAUAGAAUGACCUUAGAUUUCCUAGUAGCAGCCAAAAUAGCUGAGAUAUAUGCCAAGCCUCUGUCUCAUACCUUUCCCUUAAAACCUUUCUGUAGUUUAUGUCUGCUUAUAUUUUCUAUGCCAUAAAUCCGCUGGCAGCCCUUGUUAGGAAAAUGUAUUGGGCUCAUUUGUUUGUUUGGAUAACUUCGUAGCGCUCAAUUAGUGGAGCCACCGCUUACUAUAUUUCCAAUUACAGUUUCCUUGGUGCUGUUGCAGGUUUAUGUUGUCUGGUUUUGCUUUCUAAUAAAGCUGCUUUAUGGAAUUGUUUACGAGCGUUCGUACAGAAUGAGAUGAAAAUGGAUAUCUGUGAGAUAUUUGAAUAGAUUAGCAUUAUUUAGGCCAUCUAUUCAAGUUGCCAAUGUAAGAAAUCAUUUGUGGGUUGAUGAAGAGUAAUUUUUAUUGUGCUUCUGUGCCCAGAUUCCCCAUCAAACUGUGUGUUGGAUGGCUUGUGCUGACAAAAGUUCAGUGGUGUAAGUGUUUGAAGAAGAUGUCCCCUCCUCCCUGGGCUGCCGUUUCCUUGCAAUCCCAUUCUAAGUGGUCACCAUAUAGCAGGAGUGGGGCACCUCUGGCCCUCCAGUGGUUUCUUCAGUACAACAUAAUACAGGAGCAGUGUGCAUUAAAUACAUCUCCCAAUUUACAUGGGGGUUACAUUCUGAGGUACCACAUGUUUACGUGAAAUCGCGUAUACUUGAAACACCAAUGGAAAAGCAAACACUUUCCAAACCUCUGGAAAUCCUCGAAAAACCCAGCAGCUCUUACCAAAUGCCAAACUCCACCACAAUUGCUCCCUCCAAACAUCCUUGCUCAAACUCCAGCUCUCUUGCUCAAACUACAGGCCUCAAUGGUCAGUGCAAGAGCGUCCAUUGGUUGGCAUGCAUGGUUGCGCAUCAAUUGGUCAUUGCCUGCACUUCACUUAGUUCAAAAUAGUGUAAGCCAACCCUGCUGUGUUUGGGAACUUUCCUGCCCUUUCUGCGAGGACUUCUGCCCCUCAAGUUCUGCCCUGAUGGUACCAACGGUUAGAAAAUGAACUGAAGUUCAUACCUCUUUGGAGAGCACAGUUCUCAUAUUGUCCUUGCACCUGCCUGAAAGACUUCCGCUGUUAUUUGUACGCAUGUUUUUACAAGGACCAUCUCUAUUAGUACUAUUUUACUGUUAAGAACAGCGGUGGUAGUGGAAGAGUGUGAUUUGUCCAAGGCUUAUUAUGGCAGAGGUUGAACAGGAGUGCAAGGUUACUUUCAGAUGAAGGUCCAACUCUACAUCCUCUGGACCACAGAAUCUCUGAUCCUAUCUCCGGCACUACUUUUAAAUCUUUUAGAAGGUCUUGUGAAUGGUUCCAGUUUACUUUUUUUAAAAAAUCCCCAAUAUAGUUAUCACCUUUUAAACACAGCCGUGUUAUUUAAAAAUAAUUUGUGUUCCUUCUGUUCGGAUAACAUUUUUCUUUUUAGAGUUUAUGAGCUAUUUUGAUUGCGACACCAUCAAUUAAUAAAAUUCACACAUCUUAACACCAAUUUAAGGUUCAAAUUUUCCUCAUGGGCAAAAUCCAUUUGAAUAAAGCCAAGAAAGAUAAUGAAAUUUUAUGUUAGCAGUAUUAAAUACUUAAUAGCCUUACAGCUGAGUUUUCAUAAGUGACCUGAAACAAACUGAACUGCAUCAGAAAAGUAUAUGCUGAUGGAACAAAUUUUUUUAAAUAAAUAUGGAAGUACAGUAUAGGGUAGAAGAAAAUGUCAUUAACAUUUCACCUAAAUACUGGCAUGACACUAUGCUAAAAUGCAUCCUGAAUUUGUUUGGCUGCAAUAUUUUCAAAUUUAUCAGGGGUUUAGCAUAGAUAAAAAGGGGGUCUAGCAAAAGAAAAGUCAAAAUUUGAGAAGGAAUUGCUCCAGAAUAAAGGAAAGUACAUCUCAAGGAUUUAUGAUCUACUGCUGGAAUGGGAACUCAAAGAAGAACAAGUAAAAUCAGUGAUGGUAAGAUGGGCCCAAGAUCUAGGCCACAAUGUCCUAAUGGAACAGUGGCGAACACUGUGGGAGGUAGACAUUAAAUUUACUGCAUGUUACAUUUUAAAGGAAAAUGUAUUAAAGACGAUGUAUAGGUGGCACCAGACCCCAGAGAAGUUAGCCAAAAUGUACAAAAACAGGUCACCCAAGUGUUGGAGGUGAGAGAGAGAAAGCGGAUCAAACAGUCAUAUGUGGUGGAAAUGUUCUGAAAUAGAGAUAUAUUGGAAUAACAUAUACGAAAAACUUAAAAACUUGCUUAAAUGCACAUUUAAGAAGAAACCAGAGAUAUUUUUAUUAAGCAUUCUACCGGAGGAAAUACAGAAACCAAAAAGAGUAUUACUAAUGUAUGGUGUAACAGCAGCAAGGGUACUGGUCACCAGAAAUUGGAAAAGUAAAAAUCUACCUAAUAUAACCGAUUGGCAAACUUUAAUGUUAGAAUAACUACAACUAGCUAAAACAACUGGAAGAAUAAGAGGACAAACAAAACAAUCAAUACAAAAGGAGUGGAGGAUGUUUAAAGAAUAUUUGAUGAAUACUGGUAUAAAUGAAAUCCUAAUGGCAGAAAAAUACUGACCUGGUUGAAAUGUAAUUAUGAUUAAGAGUAUAAAGAAUAUAAGAAAUCAAGGGAUAAAUAGAAAUACAUAACUGUGCGAUAAAGAGUUAGUAAAAUAUAAAUUACAGUGAGAAUAAUUGGAAGUUUAUUGUUUAUAAAAGAGAAAUGGAUGUAUUAUGUAUGGAGAUUUUGUUUAAAGCUGUUUAUUUGUGUAAUGUAUGUAUGUUUGUGUAAGGUUUGUUGUAAAUAUGU